AUGUUAUCAUCAACAAAUGAACCAGAUAUUCAAUUUGAAUUACAUUUUCUUGAUUGUCAGUCAGAUUCUAUAGAUCGUUCGUUAAAUGAUCAGUCAUUUAUGAAUCAUUUAUUUCGUGCAGCAACACAUAAAAUUCUUACAUUAGAGAAUUCAGAUAAACGAAAUGAAUCACAUCGCGUUACUGAUAUUGAUAAACUUGCUCUUGUACUUAAUCAUGUUACAUUUAUACCAAAAAAUAUGACAAGACAUGUACCAAUAGAAAUAUCAAAAAAUGAAAAUCUUGAAAUAUCAGUACCAAUAAUUAAAUCUGAGAAGAAAUCUCAAUCACCACCACCGCCACCAUUAUCAAUUGAAAUUAAACUAGAAAAUCAAGGUUCAAUUCCUAAAGCACCACCGUUACCUGCAUCAUUAGAUUUAGCAAUUAAAUUACAAUCACAGGCACGUAAAAUAGAAAUUCUUUCGCCUGAUCAAGAAACAUUAUGGGCAAAUGUUAAAAAUCAAAAUGUUGCUGAUUAUUUUGAUCAGCUUAUCAUUCCAACAAACCACCAAUAUUCAAAUAAAAUAUAUGAAUCUAAAAACAAAACAAUUCUUGAUAAACGCAAGUCAUAUAAUUUAGGUGCGUAA